AUGGAGGCAUUAAGGAAUCCUAACGGUGCAAACUCAAGCCCUCUUACUCCUCUUGGAUUUCUUGAGAGGGCAGCCACCGUAUUUGGUGACUCUCCCUCACUCGUCUACAACCAUCUCACCUACACAUGGUCUGAUACAUUUCGUCGAUGUCUACGUGUAGCUUCAUCCAUCUCCACUCUAGGGAUCGGGAAAGGCGACGUAGUGUCGGUGCUUGCACCGAAUAUCCCUGCCACUUAUGAGCUUCAUUUUGCCAUCACCAUGACCGGCGCCGUAAUCAACACCAUUAACACCCGUUUAGAUGGCCGAACUGUCUCAAUAAUCCUCCAUCACAGUGAGUCCAAGCUCGUCUUUGUAGACUACCAGUUAGCCCAUCUUAUUCAAGAAGCGGUUUCUUUGUUGCCGGAUCAUUGUGUUCACCCACCACUGGUUCUAAUCACCGAGGAUGAAUCUCUGUCGGAUGGUUUCAUCAAUACUUAUGAAGGUAUGGUUGAAACAGGUGAUCCUGGAUUCGAAUGGAUUCGGCCGGAAAGUGAUUGGGAUCCAAUGACGUUGACUUACACAUCAGGAACAACUUCGUCACCCAAAGGCGUAGUCCAUAGCCACCGUGGCGUAUUCAUUGUAGCUGUUGACUCUCUAUUAGAAUGGGGGGUACCAAAACAACCAGUUUACUUGUGGACGCUGCCAAUGUUCCACUCAAACGGGUGGACGUACGUCUGGGGUAUGGCGGUUGUUGGUGCCACCAAUGUGUGUCUACGCAGAUUUGAGGCAUCCAUCGUAUACAAUGCCAUACGUGACCACAAUGUUACGCACAUGUGUGGUGCCCCGGUUGUGCUUAACAUGCUAUCAAACAGCGAACCACUCGACCACACUGUCCAUAUAAUGACCGGCGGAGCACCGCCUCCUGGGAAGGUGCUGUUAAGAAUGGAGUCUCUGGGAUUCGACGUCACCCAUGUAUAUGGAUUGACAGAAAUGGGUGGGCCAGUGGUAGUUUGUUCGUGGAAGAAACAAUGGAACCGAUUACCGGCGACCGAGAGAGCUCGAUUGAAAUCAAGGCAGGGAGUUAGAACGAAUGGGAUGACGGCGGUGGAUAUUGUUGAUCCUGUUUCAGGAGUGAGUGUACCUUGGGACGGGUUGACGCAGGGUGAGAUAGUGAUGAGAGGUGCGUGCGUUAUGCUGGGUUACUUGAAGGAUCCUGAGUCAACUGCGAAAUGUAUCAGAGAUCGAUGGUUUUACACCGGUGACAUUGGCGUCAUGCACCCUGAUGGGUAUUUGGAAAUCAAAGACAGAUCAAAAGACAUAAUCAUAAGUGGUGGAGAAAAUAUUAGCAGCUUGGAGGUGGAGUCGGUGUUGUACAUGCAUCCGGCGGUGAAUGAGGCGGCUGUGGUUGGACGGCCUGAUGAGUUCUGGGGGGAAACGCCGUGUGCGUUCGUGAGUCUAAAGGAUGAUGAUGAGGGGAAACCGCUGCCUACACCGAUGGAGAUAAUUGAGUUUUGUAAAGGGAAGAUGCCUGGUUACAUGGUGCCAAAGUUGGUGGUUAUAAAGGAUGAGCUUCCCAAGACAUCUACGGGGAAGACGCAGAAGUAUGUACUUCGAGAAUUUGCCAAAACUAUGUGA